AUGUGGGCAAAUGCUAUGAUAUGUUCAACCCUCAGCCUCGUGCUGGCUGUGAUGGCGAUUGGGGGCCAAGGGCAGUUAUCAGAGGAUUACACUGUGGAGUUUAGGCUCGACAAAACAGAAAUCCAACUGGAUGAGCAGAUAUCAAUUUUCUACACACCUCAGCUUGCAUUGUCGACAUUGCCGGUCUCUGGGCCAGUCCGCAAUUUGUCCAUAUUUCUGCUGGAAACAAAUGCCACCGACGGGCAAAUAGAUGCCUCAAAUACGGCAAAAUUGCUUGAUAUCCAGUCUAGUAAGCAAAGGCUCAUGGCAGAUGUGAGAGAAGGCGGGUUUGCUUACAAUCGACAACUAGACAUCUGUAUAUACCGAAACAUCCAAGCUGAAUGUACCGACACGCCCUUCGAGUCAGCAGUGCCCAUCAAGAGCGCAAUUGAAACCCUGAAACAUGCCGCUUUCACGACGAAAGAUGAGUCCAGGGAAAGGACAUUUGAAAACUUAUUUUUCUGUUUUGCGAGCAAUACUGCAUUAGGCGAUUAUUGUAAAUACUACAGCGCGAUAUUCAAGAUAUCACCCUUUAUUGGAGACGACCAGACGACCACAAACUCAACAUCCCCUACGACAACGUCAGCACUUUCCGGACCAGGACGAACGUCUCAAGGUGGUGGGCAUCUCAAGGCAAAGCGAGAUCUGAUUCUGCCCAGUCCUGGCACGCUAAUGCGCGUGCUCGACAGCCCAGACUCCAACUUCAUUGAGCUUGCGCCCCCCCAAGGAACCCCUCAAGUUACUUUCACCACCUCACCGAAGUCAACCACGAUCCUCCCCCCAAGCACCACUAGUGAUAUGACUACAGCCACAAAUCCACCAAACUAUGUUGCGACUAUUACACCAGAGUCCACAAUUACCGACACGGAUUCCACAAAAAGCGACGUCCGACUUUCAGUUGCAGCCAAAGUCGGGAUAGCCCUUGGUGCUCUAGCAUUUGCACUUAUCCUCCUCAUCCUAGCUCUCCUCUUCCUCCGUCGCAAACACGCUCGCCGUAACCAACCCGAACAAGUAAUGCUCACACACAGCAUGCAGACCGAUUCCUUUUCUCGCAACCUUAUUACCGAAAAGGACGACCCAACAGCCUCACCUACCACUACGCCCAUCGACGAAACUGCCCUCCCAAGCCAACGACACUCCGCGCUUGCAUCGUACGAGUCUGUCCCUUCAGCACCAUAUGCAGGAGUCGCAGCAGCCAUCCCACGACGCAAGCCAACUGCCGCGACGAUGGCGAGCACGGUAUCCAGAGGCCUUAGCACUACAUCUGGGACGUCAUCUAGCGGGGCGAUGAGUCCGCGGUCGGGGGAAGGCUUUGAACAGUACCACGAUGAGCCAAUCUAUGGGGAUGCGAGGCAUUUACCGCAGGUUUUCCCGGGGAACACGCGGGCCAUGCAAUCCCCAUUCUUGAGUGAGGAGGGGAUGACGGCGGAGGAAAUGGCGAGGUUAGAAGAGGAGGAGAGAAGGAUAGAUGCUGCCAUCGCCGAGGCGGAACGGCGGUAG